AUGGCGCACGAGUUCAGAGGAGAAGCCAUCUACACCGCGGAGGUCGAUGUCCACUUCCCCAAGCUCACUGUUGGAGAUACCCUUUAUUUCGCUGCGCGCGCCCGAGCACCACGGCACAUUCCUGGAGGGGUGAAUGCGACCCAGUAUGCCAGCCACAUGCGAGAUGUGAUCAUGGCCAUGUUUGGUAUUAGCCAUACGAAGAACACUAUUGUGGGAAACGACUUCAUUCGCGGUGUGUCUGGUGGCGAGCGCAAGCGGGUUAGUAUCGCUGAAGCGUGCCUCAGCAAUGCACCGCUGCAAUGUUGGGACAAUUCGACUCGUGGUCUCGAUAGUGCGAAUGCCAUUGAGUUCUGCAAAACUUUGCGCAUGCAGGCAGAUAUCAAUGGCACCACAGCCUGUGUCUCUCUAUACCAAGCUCCUCAGGCCGCUUACGACUAUUUCGAUAAGGCCCUGGUUCUAUACGAAGGUCGUGAGAUCUACUUUGGUCGCACAUCCCUGGCGAAGCAGUACUUCCUUGAUCUGGGCUUCGUCUGCCCUGACCGACAAACUGAUGCUGACUUUCUCACCUCGAUGACUAGUCACCUUGAGCGUGUUGUUCAGCCAGGUUAUGAAGGCCGCGUACCUCGAACCCCUGAUGAGUUCGCUGCACGAUGGAAGGCCUCACCACAGCGAGCACAGCUUAUGCAAGACAUCAAGAGGUAUAAUGCAAAGUUCGCACUAGCCAAGGCUCAGCGUGUAUCGUCACCCUACACUCUUUCCUAUGUACAACAGGUGAAGCUCUGCCUGUGGCGCGGGUAUCAACGAUUGAAGGCUGACCCCAGCGUCACAAUCUCUUCGUUAUUCGGGAAUACUAUCAUAUCCCUUGUUAUCGCCAGCAUAUUCUACAACCUCAAGGCUGAUACAAGUACCUUCUUUCAGCGCGGUGCUCUCCUCUUCUUUGCUGUGCUUAUGAACGCCCUUGGUUGCGGCCUUGAAAUGUUGACUCUAUACGCGCAACGAGGGACCAUAGAGAAGCACUCCCGAUACGCUCUCUACCACCCAUCGGCUGAAGCGUUGUCAUCAAUGAUAAUGGACUUGCCCUACAAGAUUCUCAACGCGAUUACAUCUAAUAUAGUUCUAUACUUCAUGACCAACUUAAGGAGAGAACCCCGUGCUUUCUUCUUCUUUGUCUUCACCUCGUUCGUCCUGACUCUGACCAUGUCCAUGUUCUUCCGGUCUAUGGCAUCACUAUCCAGAUCCCUUGUCCAAGCUCUGCCCUUCUCCGUCGUUCUACUUCUCGGUCUCAGCAUGUAUACUGGGUUCGCGAUCCCAACAGGGUAUAUGCUUGAAUGGGCUCGCUGGAUUGCGUAUAUCAAUCCUAUCAGCUAUGGCUUUGAGUCCCUACUGAUCAAUGAGUUCCACAACCGCGACUUCCCGUGCAUGAACUAUGUCCCAUCGGGUCCUGGCUAUACAGAUCUCGGGCUUACCAACCGUGUUUGCUCCACCGUCGGAUCAGUGCCUGGACAACCCUUUGUCAAUGGCGAUGCUUACAUUGAGUCAGCGUAUAGCUAUGCCGCCUCGCACAAAUGGAGAAACAUCGGGUUCAUAUUCGCCUACAUGUUCCUGCUUGGGGCCGUCUAUCUCGUUGCUGCUGACUUCAUCACCGAGAAGAAGCCGAAGGGCGAAAUCCUUGUUUUUCCUCGCGGACACAAAGCUCUGAAGAAGGGCAAGCCAGAUGAAGAUCUUGAAGGGGGUAGUGGCCGCAGCGUCAUAGCGGAGAAGACUGGCUCAGAUGGCCUUGCCAUGAUUGAACGCCAGACCGCGAUCUUCCAGUGGAAGGAUGUCUGCUUUGAUCUCAAGAUUGGAAAGGAGAAUCGCAGGAUUCUUGACCAUGUGGACGGAUGGGUCAAACCGGGAACGUUGACGGCGCUUAUGGGUGUUUCCGGUGCUGGAAAGACCACGCUCUUGGAUGUCCUGGCUACGCGCACCACUAUGGGGAUUAUCAGUGGAGAAAUGCUCGUUGAUGGUCAACCGCGUGAUGACGCCUUCCAGCGUAAGACCGGCUACGCUCAGCAACAAGAUCUGCAUUUGGGUACUGCUACAGUGCGCGAGGCACUUGAAUUCUCUGCUCUUCUACGUCAGUCCGCUCACGUUCCUCGUCAAGAGAAGAUUGACUAUGUGACAGAAGUGAUUAAGCUUCUUGACAUGACCGAGUACGCCGAUGCUGUUAUUGGUGUGCCUGGUGAAGGUCUCAAUGUUGAACAACGAAAACGUCUUACAAUUGGAGUCGAACUCGCAGCGAAGCCGCAACUUCUCCUUUUCCUGGACGAACCGACCUCGGGACUUGAUUCGCAGACAUCCUGGGCGAUCCUUGACCUUCUUGAUAAGCUGAAGAAGAACGGCCAGGCCAUUUUGUGCACCAUCCAUCAACCAUCUGCCAUGUUGUUCCAGCGCUUUGAUCGUCUCCUCUUCCUUCAAGCUGGUGGUCGCACCGUCUACUUUGGAGAAGUCGGCCCGAACUCGCAAAUACUGAUUGACUACUUUGUCCGCAACGGUGGUCCUCCGUGUCCGUCAGCCGCCAAUCCCGCCGAAUGGAUGCUCGACGUGAUCGGUGCCGCUCCUGGAUCUCACACUGACAUCAACUGGUUCGAGACCUGGCGUAUCUCCCCCGAAUAUGCACGAGUCCAAGAGCACCUUGCUGAACUGAAACACGAAUGUCCCCAACAAACCAACCAGUUCCGCACCACAUCCAGCCAAAAGCGCGAAGACCAAGCCAGCUACCGCGAAUUCGCUGCUCCCUUCUGGGCCCAGCUCUGCGAAGUCCAAGUACGAGUCUUCCAGCAAAUCUGGCGGUCACCCACCUACAUCUACUCCAAGACCGCACUCUGCGUGGUAUCCGCUCUCUUCGUCGGCUUCUCUCUCUUCCACACACCCAACACGAUUCAAGGCCUGCAGAAUCAAAUGUUUGGCAUCUUCAUGCUACUUACCCUCUUCGGCCAACUCAUCCAACAAAUCAUGCCGCACUUCGUCGCCCAGCGCGCGCUAUACGAAGUCCGCGAACGACCCGCCAAGACCUACUCCUGGCAAGCCUUCAUCAUCUCCAACAUCGUUGUUGAACUCCCCUGGAACUCGCUCAUGUCCGUCCUUAUGUUCCUGUGCUGGUACUACCCGAUUGGUCUUUAUCGCAACGCCGAACCAACAGACGCAGUGAACUUGCGGGGCACACAGAUGUGGCUGAUGGUCUGGACCUUCCUCCUCUUCUCGUCCACCUUUGCGCAUUUUAUGAUCGCGGCGUUCGAUGCCGCCGAGAACGCUGGAAACCUAGGGAACCUGCUCUUCCUGCUCUGUCUGCUCUUCUGCGGUGUUCUGGCGACGCCAGAUCAGCUCCCCGGGUUCUGGAUCUUCAUGUAUCGCCUUUCACCGUUUACGUACCUGGUCAGCGGGAUGUUGUCUGUGGGCAUAUCGAAUACGAACGUAACCUGCGCAGACAAUGAGUAUCUGCGCUUUGACCCUGUUAAUGGGACGUGCCGCAAAUACAUGGAUUCAUACAUGUCGAAUAUGGGUGGGUAUCUGGAAGACGGGAUGGCGACUUCUAACUGCAGCUUCUGCCCGAUCAAGGAGACGAAUGUGUUUCUUAGUAGUGUUUCGUCGAGUUACUCGGAUAUCUGGAGGAAUUUUGGGCUGAUGCACCAACUUAUGGAAUAUGUUGUUGAAACCAAGCCCUCCGUGAGUGCUCAGUACCAGCGAGGACAAGAGAGCCCAGCUGUUGAUCUGUAG